CAAAAGAGUGGAGAGGAUGGAUAUAUUAAUAACCGACGUUAGCCAUGAUCUCUGAUUUUAGCUACGCUAACGUUAUCUAGUUAACGUUAGCGUUCACAACAAUUUGGCAGUAGCUAGCUAUUUAGUUAGCUAGGUAGCGUUAGCUAGCCAUCUAUUCGAACGGAACAGCUAGCUAGUUGCGUUAUUUGGUUACCUAGUUAGAUACCGAUUUAACACAGUGAUAGCUAACUAGAGUAUUUGACAGCUACACUGCCAACUUGUUUCCUAGCUAGCUAGCUAACGACGUAAUUGCCAGAGUAGAUCCAGAGAGAAUGGCUGCAGACUGGUUGGGUAGUCUGGUGUCAAUAAACUGUGGACCAACCCUGGGCAUGUACCAGGGAGAAGUGUCAUCUGUGGACCAGACUAGUCAGACCAUCUCUCUCAGAAAACCUUUUCACAAUGGGGUCAAGUGCCCUGUCCCUGAGGUCACCUUCAGUGCUAUGGACAUCAAAGAGCUCAAGUUCCUGGAUAUCCAAACUCAAAGUGGUGUCAGCAGAGCCAGUGCUGGACAGGGGGUCUUGUCUGAUCCAGGUGUCAAAUCUUCAGGGCAGAGUGGUCAGAAUAGCAGAGGUGGUUACCCUGCCAACAACACCCAUUCCACCACCGCUCCUAUUACCAUUUUACGCAAAGGUCCUCCAGCCUCAUCUAGUAACCGAGGGCCAAACCAGGCCACGCCGAAGAAGAAUGGAGUGAAGAACGGAGGAGGUGGAGGGCAGAUGAGGCUCAGGGACGACGAGUGUUUUGGUGCUGACAUGGACGAGGGUCUGGACACAGACUUUGACUUUGAGGCAAACCUGGCACUGUUCGACAAGGCAGCCGUGUUCUCGCAGAUUGACGGCACAGAUUGCAAUGGGGCACGUUCCCGUGGUACGCCCGGUGGCGAACGUGGUACACCCACACGUUACCGUCACGACGAGAACAUCCUGGAGGUCAAACCAGUCGUCUACCGGCAGAUCACGGUCCCACAACACGGGGGCAAGGAGUACUGCACUGACACUGGCCUGGUUGUCCCCAGUGUGUCCUACGAACUUCACAAGUGUCUUCUGGCCUCAGCGGAGCGGCAUGGCCUGUCUCUGGAGCGGAGGCUGGAGAUGACUGGUGUGUGUGCCAGCCAGAUGGCCCUCACUCUUCUGGGGGGCCCCAACCGGCUGACACCUAAGAAUAAUCACCAGCGUCCCACGGUGGCCCUGCUGUGUGGCCCCCAUGUCCAGGGGGCCCAGGGCAUCAGCUGUGGACGGCACCUGGCCAACCACGAGGUGGAGGUCAUCCUCUUCCUUCCCAACUUUGUCAAGAUGCAGGAGUCCAUCACCAACGAGCUCGCCCUCUACAGCAAGACCAGCGGCAAGCAGGUGGCCAGCAUCAACGACCUGCCGGUCAGCCCAGUGGACCUGGUCAUCAACUGUCUGGACUGCCAUGAGAAUGGCUUCCUGAGGGACAAGGCCUGGUACCUGGCGGCUGCGGACUGGGCCAACCAGAACAGGGCUCCGGUGCUCAGCAUUGACCCUCCAGUGAGUGGCAAGAAGCAGGCCGUGGAGGCCAAGUGGACCCUGUCUUUGGGCCUGCCCCUGCCUCUGGAUGGUGGGGAGGCUAGGGUCUACCUGUGUGACAUUGGGGUGCCGAAGCAGGUGUUUCAGGAAGUGGGCAUCAACUACCAUUCACCCUUCGGCUGCAAAUUCGUUAUUCCUUUACACUCUACAUAGCAGGACCUGCCACAACCUACCAGCCCUGGCUGUGCACAGGAUUGUGUUGUCAUUCUAGUGAAAUACAGAAGGCCUUCUUAGAGGGUGAUGUGUACAGUUACUGAAAAAAGGUUGUGGGGUGAUUUCAGAAUUGGCACUUAAUUGUAUUGCUGGUUGGUAUAUGUUUUUCCUUUGCUCCCGGUUGACCCCUGGGAGUGUAUUGCGUGCCACGGGAGAAGGGUAAGCUCCAAGAGGAGGGCUUCCUGUCCCGUUGGGCUUUGUGAUAAGGGCUAUGUGUGUGCAUUGCCCUCUAUCAGCCAGUCUUGAGUAUGUUAUGUUUACAGAGAGCUGACUAACCACUAUGAGUCAGUCUCUAUCUGUGAACCCUGACCGUGUGACCAGCCAUGGGCCUGAGACAUGCUUCCUGUUUCCUACUGUAGAUUGUGUGGACUGGAGACCACAGGACCUGGCUGACCCAGUGCCCCACAGCAGAGCUCAAUUUCUCUCACCUCUCUGGGAAAAGCACUAUGAUCUGAAUUGGAGAUAUUUAUUUGAAAUGCCCUUAUUCUCACUAAAUUCAAUUGGUAUGUUUUUCUUAAAUGCCACUUUUUGGUCAACAUUGGUUGUAGCGAAUUGCAAUUGAAAUGUGUAUUUAGCUAGCACUGGUAUCAACUCGGAACAAAAACAUUUGUUUGUCCUCUUUUCUUUAUCUAAAGAAAAUGUUUAAGAAUUUGUCUGUUUUUGAUAAAUAGGGAAGAUGUUUUGGAUUUGUUUGAAUGCAUAUAUUUUCUAAAGCUGCAUCUGGGCUAUAUUUUUAACAACACUGCAAUGAAAGAUGUAAAGUGGUGCUCAACACUUUUGUUUCAGUGUAUUUGUGUUAUCGUACAAACAAAUAGUUUCUCCGUCUUUUACACUUCUCAUAUGAAAUCUUAUCUUUGUUUGACACCUGUCAGAUAAGGCCACAUACAGUCUUAUAAUAGUUUACAAGGGUAUGCAUAUGUAUCUGUUAAGUAGCUAUACACAGUAGAAAGGUACACAUGCUCUACCUCUGCUGCCGUGACUGUCUUCUUGCUUCAGGUUUUGUAAACAUGUAAUUUGCUAAGCAGUACCAUUUAGUUUACACUUAGUAUUACAGCAUUUGUCAAGAAAAAAAAAUGUAAAGAUAGUUUUCCUAGUAGUAGCCAUUGUACCAUUUAAUUCACUUUCUGAUAGGAUUGGGUUUGUAUUUCAUUUGUAUAGGCAAUAUGCCAUUUCAAUUCCGAACACAAGCCUUGGAUGUGCAGCUAAACAGAUGGGCCACGAUAGAUAAGACUCUGAUAAAAAAAAAUUGCAAUAAUUUUGAAAGUGGAUCUUCAAAUGCGCUUGAGCCAGACUCGGAUUUGUGUGAGACGUUCUGUGGUUGUGUAAACAGAUCUGUAAUUACAGACCUGUUAGGUCACAUACUGGCCAGGAUGUCUGAAUUAUGUUUGCAAAAGAUUAGCGAUUUUUGCAAACACUCGGUGCAUUUUAGUAUGGUCUUAGUAUGGAGUGCAGACAUUGUGUUUUAGGGAGCUUUUGUGAAUGGGUUAGAUUUAGGUUUGGCUCCAAGGGCAUUGAGGCUGACUGCUUUCUUAAACUGUAUUUCAUUAUUUUUUUAUUAUUCUAAAUCCAAUUAUUGGUGUGUUUGCACAUGUUUAUUUUCAUGGGUAGUCGAUGAGGAUUGAUCUGGAUUGAUUGGGUUACAACUUUGCAAACAUUCAUAUGACUUGGAAGUACUGUCUUGUCUGUGUAUCUGCUCUACAUUU